UAUUCAUUCAGGACAGGGACGGAUAGAAGGGUUUAGCGAGGAAAGGAAGUCCAUUUCUAACUGUUUAUGUGCAUAUUGAAGCUUCAUAUACCAGACUUUGUAUCACGUUUAAAUGAUGGAAAGAGAUGGAUCCAUUAUGACAGAUUUCAUCCCUCAAUCGCCUAAAAAACGUACAGAAUGCGAAUACUGUCAAUUCUGUUUAAGAAGCUUACAGUGUUACUUCAAUUGUCCUCUAGUGAAAUAUGUCUUACACAACUUAAAGCAUGAACAUAUGUUGAGUUGCAAUGAUCAAGACAAAUGCAUUAAUAAGACAUGUUGUACUUUGUGCCAAAUCUGCGCCGAUUCUCUUUGUGAUAAAUUAUACAAAAGUAAGGCUAAUCGACAUAAGUGUCAGCGCAAAUUUAAUACUGAUUCCGCUAAGCUAAAUGAUUGGCAAACAGAGAUUUCAAGUCAAAUUUUGCAUACAUAUUGUCAUAUAAAUUUAUUCGAUCAGCAAGUGAUACAUAAAUCCUGUACAUUGGAGGGUGAAUUAUCAUCAAGUACCAAACAUGACGGAAUUUCUCAGGACGAAUAUGGCAUGUUAUUACCAGAUAUUAUCAAGUUGCCUCUAGAUCAAGACCCAUCGUUUCAUGAGGACGAGAAGAGACUAAAGAGAGCUCGAAUGGAUGGUUGUAUCAAUAAAGAUACAACUAAGUUGUGUGACAUUUAUACGAAAUUGUCAGAGAUUGAAUCAAAGUUAAGCUUAAUAGAGGGAGUAACAAAACACGAUAGAGCAGAAACAGAAAAGACUUUUCAUGAAAUACAGAAAUCAAAUGCGGACAUAGGGAAAAGGGUGAACAAUUUGAUUGAGAAUAUUGCAAUACUGAAGACGUCAUAUGAGAAGCUUAAUGGUAUGACAACUCACAUGGACAAAGAUACAUCACGACAGAAAGAACGGGAGUUCAAGAAAAGUCCAAUUAAGUGA